AUCCGGAAAUGCGCAAUGCUACUCCUUGUUCUUAUGUUGCGAUUGCUGAAGGUGAAAAGCGGUUUAAUCGCGCAAAAGUGUAUGCUGGUUAUUAUUCGCGCAGCGGUCAUCGAGCUCCUGCAAUUGUUGUUGCUAAAAUCGGUAGCGAAAGAGAAAUUAAUAGCCCCAAACCUGGCAACCGCGGCAAACGUGACUCACAGAUGAUUGUUAUGAGUUUUUUUGAGCAUGUAUAUUUCAAUGAAAGAUUUACCGAGUUAGAUUAUGAAUUAUUCUGGAAAAUACAUUAUUUAAUGGGUAUUACAGCUGAUCAUUUUGAGCUUAUAUUAAUGGUCGAUGCUGAUACAAAAGUGGCACCCUCAUCAUUGACUUAUCUCGUUUCUGCUAUGAGAAAAGAUCCAACUAUUAUGGGUUGCUGUGGAGAAACACGUAUUGCUAAUAAAACGGAAACUUGGAUAACAGCCAUACAAGUUUAUGAAUAUUAUAUUUCUCACCAUUUGGGAAAAGCUUUCGAAUCAGCUUUUGGGUGCGUAACUUGCUUGCCAGGUUGUUUCUGCAUGUACCGACUUAAAGCACCAAAGGAUGGUGCAUGGGUUCCUCUUUUGUCCAAUCCUGAUAUUGUUGCUGAAUAUCAAAAGAAUAUUGUUACCACAUUGCAUGAAAAAAAUCUUUUACUUUUAGGAGAAGAUCGAUAUCUAUCAACUCUUAUGCUUCGCACUUUUCCGUAUCGUAAAACGUUAUUUAUCCCACAGGCUGUUUGUCAUACUAUUGCACCUAAAACCUUGUCUGUGCUACUUUCUCAACGCCGUCGAUGGAUCAAUUCCACUAUUCAUAAUCUUUUUGAACUCGUACUUGUCCGUGACCUCUGUGGAAUUGCAUGUCUCUCGAUGCAAUUUGUAAUUAUGACGGAUAUUGUUGGAACACUGAUGUUGCCAGCUGCUCUAUGCCUUACAAUUUAUUUAAUAUUUAGCACAUUGUUUGAUAGCAAGGUACAAUACCUUCCGCUCAUCCUUUUAGCUAUGAUUUUGGGUUUACCUGGAAUAUUAAUUGUCGUAACAACCCGUAAAAUAGUUUAUAUUAUGUGGAUGCUGGUUUACUUAUUGGCACUUCCUAUUUGGAAUUUUAUCCUUCCCUUAUAUGCAUAUUGGAAUUUUGAUGAUUUUUCCUGGGGAGAAACGCGUCAAAUAUUUGGUGAGAAUGGAAAAGAUGAGCAUGGAGACGUCACAGGAAGAUUUGAUUCAAGGAAAUUAAAAAUAAUGUCGUGGGAGGAAUGGGAGAAUGAACGUCAUUGUAUUGUCAGAUCAGUAGAAAAACACGAAUUAUUCAAACGUUCGGAAAAAGAUUUAUCACAAAGUCUACAAAUACAAAGAGAACAUACAAAAAUACAAAAUGACACAGAACAUUUUUGA